CAUAUGAGAACUCAUACGGGUGAAAAGCCGUUUUCAUGUGUGACCUGUGGAAAAAGUUUUAGUGAAAAAGGUCAUUUAACUCAGCACAUGAUGAUUCACACUGGUGAAAAGCCUGUUUCAUGUGUGAACUGUGGAAAAAGUUUUAGUCAAAAAAGUAAUUUAACUCAGCACAUGAAGAUUCACACUGGUGAAAAGCCUGUUUCAUGUGUGAAUUGUGGAAAAAGUUUUAGUCGAAAACAGGAUUUAACUCAGCACAUGAUUAUUCACACUGGUGAAAAGCCGUUUUCAUGUGUGAAUUGUGGAAAAGCUUUUAGUCACAAACAGCAUUUAACUCAGCACAUGAUGAUUCACACUGGUGAAAAGCCGUUUUCAUGUGUGAAAUGUCGAAAAUGUUUUAGUCACAAACGGAUUUUAACUCAGCACAUGAUGAUUCACACUGGUGAAAAGCCGUUUUCAUGUGUGAAAUGUGGAAAAAGUUUUAGUCGAAAACAGGAUUUAACUCGGCACAUGAUGAUUCACACUGGUGAAAAGCCAUUUUCAUGUGUGAAUUGUGGAAAAAGUUUUAGUCAAAAACGGCAUUUAACUCCGCACAUGAUGAUUCACACUGGUGAAAAGCCAUUUUCAUGUGUGAAUUGUGGAAAAGGUUUUAGUCAAAAACAGGUUUUAACUCGGCACAUGAUGAUUCACACAGGUGAAAAGCCGUUUUCAUGUGUGAACUGUGGAAAAGGUUUUAGUCGAAAACAGAAUUUAACUCAUCACAUGAGGAUUCACACAGGUGAAAAGCAGUAGAAGUAUUUUCCAUACAUGUCCUAUAUUGAGGUUCACUAAAGAACUGAUUUGGUUUAAAACUAGAAUGAAAGACUGGAGGGGUUUCAUGUCUAUAAAGCUGAAAGUUGUUGUAUUUGUUAAAUGUGUUCAUUUGGAUACUUGGAGAUGUGCAACCAUGACACAUUUUCCUUCAGAGAUGUUU